AUGGCCAAACCUCUGAGCGACCAGGAGAAGCGCAAGCAGAUCAGCAUCCGCGGUAUCGUCGGCGUCGAGAAUGUGGCCGAGCUGAAGAAGGGCUUCAACCGACACCUGCACUUCACCCUUGUCAAGGACCGAAACAUCGCCACGCCGCGGGACUACUACUCCGCCCUGGCGCACACCGUCCGCGACCAUCUGGUGGGUCGCUGGAUCCGGACACAACAGUUCUACUACGAGGCCGACCCCAAGCGAGUUUACUACCUCUCUCUGGAGUUCUACAUGGGCCGCACACUGCAGAACACCAUGAUCAACCUGGGUCUGCAAAACGCCUGCGAUGAAGCCAUCUACCAACUGGGCCUGGACAUGGAGGAGCUUGAGGAGGUGGAGGAGGAUGCAGGCCUGGGCAACGGAGGACUGGGCAGACUUGCAGCCUGUUUCCUGGACUCCAUGGCCACCCUGGGACUGGCAGCCUAUGGUUACGGGAUCCGCUACGAAUACGGAAUCUUCAACCAGAAAAUUCGAGACGGUUGGCAGGUUGAGGAGGCAGACGAUUGGCUGCGUCACGGCAACCCCUGGGAGAAGGCCCGCCCCGAGUACAUGCUGCCCGUUCACUUCUAUGGACGCAUAGAGGAGACAGAGAAUGGCACCAAGUGGGUCGACACACAGGUGGUGCUGGCGCUGCCGUACGACACGCCCAUCCCAGGCUACAUGAACAACACGGUCAACACUAUGCGCUUGUGGUCCGCGCGCGCCCCCAACGACUUCAACCUGAGAGACUUUAAUGUGGGCGAUUACAUCCAGGCCGUCUUGGACCGCAACCUGGCAGAGAACAUUUCCCGGGUGCUAUAUCCCAACGACAAUUUUUUUGAGGGCAAAGAGCUGCGUCUGAAGCAGGAGUACUUUGUGGUGGCCGCCACUCUGCAGGACAUCAUCCGCCGUUUCAAGACCACCAAGAAAGGGACGCCCGGACGCACAUCCUUCGAGAGCUUCCCUGAUAAAGUUGCCAUCCAACUGAAUGACACCCACCCUGCCAUGGCCAUUCCUGAGCUGAUGAGGAUCUUUGUGGACAUCGAGAAGCUGGACUGGGACGAGGCCUGGGAUCUAACCAAGCGCACCUUCGCCUACACCAACCACACGGUCCUGCCCGAGGCACUGGAGCGCUGGCCUGUGGAGCUGAUGGAGACCCUUUUACCACGACACCUGCAGAUUAUCUACCAGAUCAACCAAAUACACCUAGAUAGAAUCGCGUCGCUCUUCCCCAACAACAUGGACAAGCUGAGGAAGAUGUCACUGAUCGAGGAGGAGGGAGGCAAGCGAGUCAACAUGGCGCACCUCUGCAUCGUGGGCUCGCACGCCGUCAACGGAGUCGCUAGGAUACACUCCGACAUCAUCAAGACACAAGUAUUCCGCGACUUCAGCGACCUGGAGCCAGCCAAAUUCCAGAACAAGACUAACGGCAUCACUCCCAGGCGCUGGCUGCUGCUGUGCAACCCCGGACUGGCCGAGCUAAUCGCCGAGGUUAUCGGCGAGGACUACGUCAAGGACCUCAGCCAACUGCAGCGGCUGAAUGACUUUGUGGACGAUGUCGCUUUCAUUCGGGAUGUCUCCAAAGUCAAACAGGACAACAAGGUGAAGUUCGCCCAGUACCUAGAAAAAGAGUACCGGGUGAGGAUCAACGCGGCGUCCAUGUUCGACGUGCACGUAAAGAGGAUCCAUGAGUACAAGCGGCAGCUGCUCAACUGCCUGCACAUCGUCACCAUGUACAACCGCAUUAAAAAGAACCCGUCUGCGCCUUUUGUACCUCGAACAGUGAUCAUCGGGGGAAAGGCCGCCCCAGGGUACCACAUGGCCAAGAUGAUCAUCAAGCUGAUCACCUCAGUGGCAGCCGUGGUCAACAACGACCCAGUGGUGGGAAGCAAGCUGAAGGUCAUCUUCCUUGAGAACUACAGAGUCUCCUUGGCUGAGAAAGUAAUCCCAGCUACAGACCUAUCUGAGCAGAUCUCCACUGCGGGAACCGAGGCGUCGGGGACAGGCAACAUGAAGUUCAUGCUAAACGGAGCGCUCACCAUCGGCACCAUGGACGGCGCUAAUGUGGAGAUGGCAGAGGAGGCUGGUGUGGAAAAUCUGUUCAUCUUUGGCAUGACAGUGGAAGAUGUGGCAAAUAUGGACAAAAAGGGAUACGACGCCAUGGUGUACUACAACAAGAUCCCGGAGCUGAAACAAGUGAUGGACCAGAUCACCAGCGGAUUCUUCAGUCCCAAAAAUCCCAAUUUAUUCAAGGAUUUGACUGAAAUGCUCUUCAAAUAUGACAGGUUUAAAGUAUUCGCUGACUUUGAAGCAUAUGUGAAAUGUCAAGAGAAAGUGAACAAACUCUAUCAGAAUCCGAAGGAGUGGACCCAGAUGGUGGUGAAGAACAUCGCGGCGACGGGCAAGUUCUCCAGCGACCGAACCAUCACAGAGUACGCUACGGAGGUCUGGGGUGUGGAGCCCACAGACCUCAAGAUCCCGCCACCCAGCGAGCCCCGAGAGGCCAUCGAGAAAACUGCCCGAGAGCUCAAGAAAAUGUGA